CCCUUCACCGCCCCGACCCUCCCGACAUCCGCUGCAGUCGUUGCAGGCUCCCUCGACUUCGCCAAGAUGUCGUAUCCCAACUGGGUCUUCUCCAUGUUCAUGGUCUUCGGGAUCAUCAUGACUUUGCUGCCGCUGCCCUGGCAUCUCGAGGCGUGGAACACAGGAACCUGUCUCUAUAUGCUCUGGGUCGCGGUCGCGUGUCUCUGCCAGCUGGUGAACUCCAUAGUCUGGUCGGGGAACGCAAUCGACUGGGCGCCCGUCUGGUGCGAUAUCUCUGCGAGAGUCAUCAUUGGAACUUCAGUCGCUAUCCCCGCUGCCUCUCUCGUCAUCAACCGCCGCCUCUACUACAUUGCGACCGUGCGGACGGUCACCAAAUCCAAGCCUGAGAGGAGGCGCGAGGUCAUGAUGGACCUAUUGAUCGGGAUGGGACUCCCCGUGCUUGUUAUGAUUCUCCAAUACAUCCCUCAAGGGCACCGCUACGAUAUCUACGAAGAUAUUGGGUGCUACCCUGCGACAUACAACACCUGGGUUGCAAUUGUCUGCGUGACGGGCUGGCCGAUAGCUAUCGGCUGCGUCUCCGCGAUCUACUGCAUGCUCAGCAUCUACAACUUCAACAAGCGCCGCCGGCACUUCAACGAGUACCUCGCCGCGCACAGCAACCUCACCGCGAACCGCUACUUCCGCCUCAUGUGCCUCGCCGCCAUCGAGAUCUGCCUCACCAUCCCCAUCGGCAGCUUCGGGCUCUACCUGAACACCCAGUUCAGCGAGAUGCAGCCGUGGAUCUCAUGGGAGGACACGCACCUGAACUUCUCGCACGUUAACCAGAUCCCGGCCGUGUUGUGGAAGGGCGUGCCCGUCACGUACCGCGCGCUCGAGCUCACGCGCUGGUUCAUCUUCGUCUGUGCGUUCAUCUUCUUCGUGUUCUUCGGCUUCGCACAGGAGGCGCGCAAGAACUACCGCCGUGCGUUGUUCAAACUGUGCAAGCGCACCGGCUAUGUCCCGCGCUUCCUCGCGUGCGAGUCCGAGACCUGGAGUCCGUCUGCCUCACCGAAGUACUCCGGCACCGGCCCCUCGAUGCCCGUGUACGCGAACAACCGCAAGCAGAGCUCGACGCGCGUCUCCACCCUCUUCUCCGACCUCUCCGCCGACGAGCUCUCCUCCUACCACAGCUCUCACGACGAGAAGCACGCCGCGGGCGGCCGCCUCUCGUACGGGCAGCUUUCGCUCGGCGACGUCGGCGGCAUCCUCUCCGACGCGAAGGGCGACGAGGAGAAGUGCGACUCGCCCACCACAACCAGCGCAGGCUGCUCGACGAACGCGAGCUCGACGACGAUAGCGCACGGCCCCGCGCGCCCGCCAUCGCUCGCCGUGCCCGACCGCGCGAGGCUGCGGCCGCACGACAUGCGCAUUGAGAUCUCGUCCAUUCGCUCGUCGACGUACGACAUCUCGCGCCCCGCGACACCCGAGUCGUACGCCACCGCCGCCGAGGCGCACCGUGGUGGCGACGCCGUAUAA